AUGGCUUCUGUUAUUAAGUUUACUAAUUGUUUACUUAUAGUGUUGUUGUGCUUAUCUUCUGUAUGGCUAUCCAAUGCACAAGCCUCUCAAGAUGGAAAUGCUACUGCAGAAAGUACUGCUAUUUUGAAGACUCGAAAGGAAUUCAUGGCAAACGCUGCCACAGCUAGUACUAUAGAUCAUUAUGGAUUUGGGGGAAGGAAAAUGGCUUUGCACAAGGUGAUGAGGCUAGCCAAUGUUCAAGCUGAAGGUGCUACAGGAAGCAACUUAAAGGACUCGACAGGUUCAAACAACCAAGUUGAAGAAAAAAUGUUUUGCAGGAAGAAGAAGAGGGGUGAUCAGAAGGCGAAAUGUAAGCAAACUGUUCGUUUUUCUGCGGAGAUCGAUGAGGCGGCAGGUUUUGUAGCUUUCAGUGCCGAUUACCGUGCACCAAGACACCAUCCUCCUAAGAAUAACUGA